GCACGGACGAGAAGAGACAGAGCAGAAAGCCCUAGAAUUCUUCAUCAAAGAGCUUGAUUUCUCGUGCUAAAGACUGAUGACUCUUGUGACUGAUUCUCCAAUCAACUCAUCAAGCAGUGAUGACUUUGCAGCAUUGGUUGAUGCGAAGUUGGAAUUCGAUUCUUCUAACACUUCACCACAAGUGGAAGCUGAGAUUGACUCUGACUCACUCUGACUCUGAAUCUAAUUCCAAUAUAUCAUUUUUGUCUCUUAACUAUGUGUUAAUCUUUAGAGUCACAUUAACUCAUUUGUCUAAGAAGCAGUAGUGGAGUUGGAAGUUUAGGUUAGGAGGGAAAUAUUUGAAGAUAAUAUGAUGAAAAAAAAAGUGAAUUAAAUAAGUAUUGACAUAAUUUUAUAUUUUGAGAGACUUGCAUAUAUCAUUAUUAGAUAAGCUUAAUAACCUAAAAUUAGUAGAUAUUAUUAAAAAAAAUUAGUAGUGAAAAAGUUGUGUAACAAAUUUUUUAGAAAAUUUUUCAAAACAACAUCCGAAUGAAUAAUUUAAUAGUUCUUUUGUAAUUAAAAGAUGAUAUAGAAAAGUUUCAAAAAAAGAAUAAUAAUUUCAUUGACAAGUUUUAAAUUGUUUUUGAAUAUAUAUAUAUAUAUAUACAUAUACAUACAUACAAGUGGAUAAAUAGGAGUUUGGGAUCAUUUUAAUUGAAGGUUAAUGAAAAUUGAUUGAGAAGAAUUUGUGUAAUUUUAAUUUAAAGACAUCAUCUAUUUCUAUGUGUGUACAAAACAUCGGAAGUUUAAUUAAUGCUUUCAUCUUUUCAAGCAAUAAGGAUAUGAAGACUAGAAAUUGCUAAAUCAACUGAUAGCCAUCAAAACUUUGAUAAAAUAUUUUUUGAAAAAAUAAUUUUUAUUUUGAUUUUUUUAAAAUUUUUAUCAUACAUAGUUUUGAGGAGAAGCAAAAUAUUCAUUUUGUUUCCUUAUUUAAAAAAAAAAAAAAUUAUUAACUAACAUGAGAUCAUCAAAACAACCAACUAAUUUUUUUUUUUAAACUAAGAUGAAAUUAUUCAAACAACCAAUUAGAGAUAUAAAAAAAAUAUAAACUAAUAUGAGAUCAUCAAAACAAAUAAGUAAUGAUUUUUUAAAAUAUGAACAUGAGAUCACCAAAACAACCAACUAGAGAUUUUUUUUUAAAAAAAAGAAUAAACUAACAUGAGAUCAUCAAAACAACCAACUAAUGAUUUAAAAAAUAUAAACUAAACAUGAGGUCAUCAAAAUAAUAACUAAUAAUUUUAAAAAUAUAAACUAAACAUGAAAUCAUCAAAACAAAUAACUAAUGAUUUUAAAAUCUCUAGUUGGUUAUUUUGAUGAUUUUAUGUUAGUUUAUAUAUAUAUAUUUUUUAAAUCAUUAGUUGUUAAUGUUGAUGAUCUCGUGUUAGUCAUAUUUUUUGAAAUCCUUAAUUGGUUGUUUUGAUGAUUCCAUGUUAGUUUAUAUUUUUGAAAAAUCAUUAGUUGUUGUUUGAUGAUCUCAUGUUAUAUAUAUAUAUUUUAAAUCCUUAAUUGGUUGUUUUGGUGAUCUCAUGUUAAUUUAUUCUUUUUAAAAAAAAUCUCUAGUUGGUUGUUUUGAUGAUCUCAUCUUAGUUUAUUCUUUUUUAAAACAAUCUCUAGUUGGUUAUUUUGGUGAUCUUAUAUUAGUUCAUAUUUUUAAAAAUUAUUAGUUGUUUGUUUUGAUGAUCUCAUGCUAGUUUAUUUUUUAAAGUCAUUAGUUGUUUGUUUUGAUAAUCUUAUGUUAGUUAUAUUUUUUAAAAUCACUAGUUGUUGUUUUGAUGAUAUCAUGUUAGUUUAUAUUAUUUAAAAUCAUUAGUUGAUUGUCAGUUUAAACAUUUUUUAUAAUAACAUGUUUUAAUAUUUCAUUUAUAAAUUGUUGAUUAUUGCAUGAAGUUGAUAUAUUUUAUUUAUUGAUUGAUGCCUAUUAGGAUUAGGGUGAGGUGUGUUCUUUGUGGGGAUAUUCUCACUCAAUUUAGGUCCCUUGAUUGUACAUGGUAGGUGGCUUAGGGUUACUCAACUUGGUUUUUUCAUUGCUUUUGGAUCCUUAUAUGGUUGUUUGAUAGUAAUAAUUAUAGAUGUUAAAUCGUAUGUCAUCCUACACUUUCUUACAGUUGUUGUGGUUGGUAUCAUGUGUGUUUUAUUGUUUGAAAAAAAAAAAAGAAAUUUACUUUUUCAAAAAAAGAUCAACUCUUAAAUCUUUCUUGAAAAAAACCAUCUUAGGUCAUUAGAAUUCAAAAAUCUCUUUCUUAAAAGGAAAAGGAAAUGCAACCAAUUUCAAUUUGUAUGCAUCUUUUCAUUAUUUUUAAAAAAUGAAUUUCAAUUUUUUCACAUGAAUCCAAAUUCAUAGUUCCAAAUAAAUAUGGAAGAUCCUUGGUUUUGAUGAAUUCAUUAAUAUUCAUAUGAGGUUUGAGGAUACAUGAAUUUGACCAGUGUACAGUAAAUAGGGACUUGGUGAGAGGCCCACAUAUCUUAAAUUCUCGAAGUUUAAUGCUACUAUUCAAUUGAAUUUUUUUUUUGACCAAAAAAUCAUUUUUCAAAUGGGAGAACUAAGUUGGUUUUUACAAAGGUCCUGUUCUCGCCAUGUUCUGGACACCUAAACUAAAUUUGUAGAAAUAAAUUAUUUCCUAUUUCUUUUAAUUUUGUUUGAUAUUUUCCCUUCAUCUACACUUCUUGAAAUUAAGUUUAAACACCUGUUUUAUUAAAAACCGAUUCCCUAAAUGAGAGAAAAAAAUCUACCUUUCUGUAGUUAGGGGCUGUUUGGCUCAACUUAAAAUUCUUCCUUGUGUGAUUUAAUUAUGUUGCUAUUUUUCCUAUAAAGUAGACAUCUUAAAUGAGUUGUAUGAAUUUUGGUAGGAUAUUAUCAUCCUUCUAAAUAGGCUAAUUAAAUUUGUCUUUGUGUGCUAUUGAAAAUCGUCUUGUUUCUUACCAAUGUGUUUGUGAAUUAAUCUGGUAUUAAUUGAGAUAUGGUUUGGGUAACUGGCCAAUUGGAUUUUGUUCUAGACUCAUAGAGGAAGAUAUGGAAUUUUUUAUUUGUUGAAACACCUUGCCUAACUAUUUUAUUUGGAAGUAUUUUGUACACACCUCUGUUCUGACCUAUUAUUGAAAAUUGAGUAAUGUGAUUUGAAUGUGAUUAAAUCUAGCAUCACAUUGUACAUGAUUAGAUUAAUUUAUCAAUUGUAUUAUAUUGUAGGCAUGUUGAGAGUGAUGUGGAUUUUUUAUUUUGAUGUUUUCUCAUUUUUAGGUAUUUCAUUUGGAUUUAUCUUAUACGUGUCCCCAUUUUGCCUUAUUGUUGAUUAUUUUGCACGUUUUUUAUAUUUCAACCUUCUUGUAAAUAUUUGCAAGCUUCUUUGAUUUUUAACUCACCUUGUAGAUAUAUUGUAUAUGAUACAUGAAUAUUCUUUUGUAUCAUAUUUUCCUUUUCGAUAUUUUAUUUGAAUUUGUCUUGAGUGUGUAUUAAUGAUUACCUUUCUUUAAGCUUGAUUAUUGUCUUUUGCUUCUUCUUUUGUAUUCAUUAUUGCUUGUUGAACUAACCUCAUUAUCUUAUGAAAGCGCUUUAUGCAAUCAAGGUGGGAUUCUUCCCUUUCCUAUCUACUUGCUUACAUUGAUAUGUUUACCUUGCUUAUUAAAUAUUCUUGUGAUUACUCCAUGUUGCUUUGCAUGGUUUCCAUAUUAUUAUUUCUUUGAUUCUAGAUUUGGGUGAGGUGCAUAUUGUAUGUUAUGAGACUUGUGAUAUAUUUAUGAGCGAGAGAGAGAGAGAGAGCGAGAGUGUGAGAUAGUUAGAGUGAGGGUGUCUGAAUCCGAGGGAGGAGAGCGAGGGGGUCUGCGAUCGAAGGAGAGCGAAGGCGAAGAGCGAGGGCUUCUACGACCGAAGGGUACCGAUGAAGAAAAGAGAGGAUUCCUACGGCUGGAUGGGAGCGGGGGAGAAGAUCGCGGGCACUCGAGCCGGAGUGAAAGUAUAAAGGGAGCUGAUCUCUUGGGGCACCGGGAUAAACCUAGGAAGAACAGGUUCAGUGUCGAAUCGAAGACCUUUGAGCUCGAGGUGGAAGUAAAAAAGGGCAAAUCGCAGCUGGUGGUGGUGGAGAGGAAACGAGGGACCUCGUCGUGGGUUCGGAUGGGAGUAGAGAGCCUAGGGAUUUUUCUCGAGGGUUUAGUCCACUGCUGCAAAGAUAUGAAUGGUGGGAAAUGGAGAAGAAGCUGGAAGGAAAAUGGAAGGGUUUACUCUAUGUUAAGAGAUGAGAACAGAGGCGGGGGGUACAUCAGAUUAGGAGUGGUGGAUUUGGAGAACAAAAAUGCUAGUAUUUUUAUCCCCAAAGGGAGAGGAGCAGUGGGGGGAUGGACCUCAAUGAUCGAGGCGCUAAGGCGUCUGAGUAUUGUUACGAAAGGGGAUGAGGGCAAGAAGACUGAGGAGAUGUUGUUGAAGCCUAUCACGACAAAGACCUUUGCGGAGGUGAUAAAACAGCCGGUGAGGAAAGAUCAUGCAGUAAUCACAGUGGCGGUUAGAGAGAAGGAGAUCAGUAGAAAUAUGGAAAAACUGGGUCAUUGUUUGGUUGGGUCUUGGAACCCUAGAUCUGGGAGAGGGGACGACCUGAAGGUUUGGGGAACCCUCUUGGCAAAAGAAUGGGAACUGAAGGGUAAUCUGGGCAUUGCAAAGCUGGAGAGGGGCAAGAUUUUGUUGGAGUUUGAAAGAUUGGAAGAAGCAAAGAGAGUUCUAGGUCUCGGAAGCACUACGGUAAGGGGGACUCAGGUCCGACUGGAAAAAUGGAGGCCUGCGACGGGGUGCAUGCUGGAAGGGGAAAGAAGGCGGGAGGCAUGGAUGAGAAUCGUGGGCCUCCCGGUCUCUCUUUGGGAUCAGACCAUUCUGAGAAGGGUUGGUGAGGAGUGUGGGGGGUUUCUAGCAAUCGAUCCCCAAACAGAGAGGCUUGAAGAACUUCAGUGGGCGCGGAUCCUGGUAAAGACGAAAGGAGAAGAACUACCCAACGUGGUAGAAGUAUGGAUUGAAGAUCUGUGCUAUGUGUUAACCCUUUGGUGGGAGGUCAGGCCGAUUUUGAAGGUAAGGUCGGCAGGGUUGAGAGGGUUGAAGAAAGCUGCAGUGGUCGAGGUUGGGGGUGAGGCUAGUGCACGCGCACAGAGGCGCGUGAUGGAGAUGGAGGAUGUCGCUAGGAUCGAGGCUCUGCAGUAGCUGGU